AUGGCCUACGUUAUGCCCUCAACUGAGAAGCCAUCUGCUCUUCCAAAGAUUGACGGCAACAACAGUGCCAAGGAGGCUCUCGUAGCCGUCAGUCUUAUUGAAGAUUCUCCACGCCUAAGCAUCCCUGAAUAUACUGUCAUUGAUGGAUGUUGUGUCUGGCAUUGGAAGGAUGGACUAUCUGAAGCUGAAGGCUGGAUCGUCAUUGACUCACCCUUGCCCACGGCCUCUGGUGGUGGGUUGUUUCUACAUGAGCGGACAACGUUUAACGAAGUCCGCGAUGUAGCCCGCUCCAUGAGCGCCAAGCUGGGUGUGAGUUCUCAGCCCCAGAUUGUUGGGGCUAAAGGCGGUGUUCGAUUCUCUCCAGAACACCCCGAGGCCCCUUAUGUUCUGGAGCGUUUUAUUCGCGAUAACGCUGGUGUUGUUGCCCAGUACUGGGGGACGGGAGCAGAUAUCAACACCGACCAUGCCAUCAUUGACGGACAUGCCAGGAAGUACUGUACACCAGGCACUACAACUGCACUAGACGCACUCUGUACUUCACUCGGCUGUGCUGGCUCGUCCCCCUCUGAUGUUGCCAUUCUUCUCAAAGAGACUGUCAAUGACUCUGGAUGGACCCUGGAAGAAUAUUGUGUUGGCUAUGUCAUGGCUACCACUCUCAAAGAGCUUCUUGCUUACACAAAGCCGGAUCUGAUUGGCCAGGUCCGUUUGGUGAUUCAGGGCUUUGGAUGUGUUGGAACCACCUUUGCCCUUGCUGCCAAGCAACUCGGCAUCGGUCGAAUUGUAGGCAUCUCCAGUCAGUAUGGGUUCCUGAUCGACGAUGAUGGGAUCGAUUGUGCUGCUAUUGACAGGGCUCGUCGCGUCGCUGUCGAGAAUCACAACCUCCAGGGUUAUGAUCCGAGAAGUUUCGAGGCCGGGCUCAGCCAAGUUGAGCUACAAUCUGACCGAUAUACCUUACGUGAGACCGCAUUCACUGAAGAGCAACACCUUCUCAAUUUUCUCGCCCGUGCCAGGGGAGAGGUAUUUGUUCCUUGCGCUCAGAGAUAUAUUUUGACUCCGAGUGUUAUCUCUACCCUGGCUCAUGACACCUUCGACCAAGCUCUUCCCGGAUCUCGUUUUAUCAUUGCCGGGGCCAACAAUGUCUUCAGUUCAAGAGAAUCCUUAGAAGAUAUCUUGAAUCAGCUUGACACUGCGUCAAUUUACAUGCUUCCAGAGUGGGUCACCAAUUCAGGAACUGCAAAUCUCUUCAUGCGAGCUUGCAGUGGCCUCGCCCUGAAACGCUUUGCCACAUCCAACCUGGAAGCAUCUGCUCGUGAUACCAAAGUCUUUGUUCGUACAGUUCUUUCCAAGACUGGAUAUCAGGAGGGUAAUCAUUCUGUGUGGCAGGCAUGUCAAGAUCUAGUUGCCACCCGAAGAGAAGUUGGCUCAGUGAAUCUACUCGGAGUCAAGCGAAUGGCCCAUCUGACUUUGAAAACGACCAACGUCAAGCGGGCUAUUGAGGCAAUCAAAACACUUUACAAUGCCAAGUCAAAUCAUGACGGAAGUUUAUUUCAGCUUCCAGGAUCAGACGACCCGACAGUUAGUAUCGUCAAGGUUCCCGACGACGCCUCCCCAGCCGAUGUUGGCUUGUUUAUGCACUUUUCCGUGUACAACUUAGCAAAGGCUCGCGAGACCCUUCAAGCGGAGGCAGCUUCUUUUGAAGAGCGAAAUUCUGAGGACGGAUCGGUUGAACUUGGUCUUGAUCAUGAGCAAACUGGAUAUCACAUAAGUCUUCGCCAGGCACCACCUGAAGAGCCGUCAAAUGCUACUUUUACUGGUUCUCCCCAUGUGUUGAAUUCUGUUGUUGGCUCAACCCACCAGCUCGAUCAUUAUGCUUCCAUCAUGCCCAAUACUGCUAAGGCGAAAGUGUUUCACGAGCGAAUGUUGGGCUUUACGCAUAUUCGCACGUUCACUGUCAACGCUGGCUCCGCUCCCGACGGCCAAGAUGACGGAUUGAUGCACGUUAUGGGGCUUCCACACGAUCAGCAGCGUGUAGUCAUACUUACUGAGGGGCUAACCCCUAAUUCUGUCUUUUCCAAAUCAAUGAGGCGUAAAUGCGGAGGAUAUGUUCAUCAUAUUGCUUUAGAAGUCGACAACGUGGAUGCGAUCUUUACCGAAGUAAGAGGAAGAGGUUGGAAUACUACUGCAGAUGAGCCAAGUUUCGACUUGGCUACCGGCCUUCGGCAGUUCUUCUUGAAGGAAGACGAAGCUGGUGCUAUUUUGGAGUUCAUUGGACGAGGAGACUCACCUGGGAUGAAAGAGCCUGAGAUCAAAAUAGUCUCGAACGAUGCUCAUCCGGAGGCCAAACUCACAAACGCUGACGCUGAUUCUAACGUCAUUGGGCAAUCAAAUGGCGCAGGGAGAUACUCUGGGCAGGGAGAGUUUCGCACGGACAAUAUCGUUGCUUUGGCUCGCUCCUUGGAUAUUUAA